CGGAGCCUGUGAUGAACGCCGCUUGUUCUCCUCCAGAAUCGCUCCGGUCGCCUGUGAUCCAUCAGCUGGAGCCUGAGCGCCUCGCGCCGCAGUCAGAUCCGCUCCGCCACUCUGUCCGCUCCGGCCUCAGACACCGAGGGACCCUCCGCCGGACAUCCUCCGCGCUGCUGCAGGAUGAAGCUCGAUGCCAACCUCACCAUCCCUCAGCCUCCUGAGGCUCCUUCCCAAGCCGGCCUUCAGUUUGCUGUAGCCACUGAGGAGGACUUUGAUGAGAUCAUGGCCAUGAGUCAGGACAUCUACGGCGGCCUGGACUACCUUCCCACCCGAUACACUAGCUGGCUGCAGGAGACCAACCGCUUAGUUAUUCUGGCACGCAAGGAAGGAAAAGUGGUGAGUUCAUUCAAUCAUGCUAUCUAUAUAAAUAUAGUCUGGUACCUACACCGGUCAGCUGCCUACACAACGUGGCGAGCACCGCCCAGAGAGUCCAACAUGCUGAAGGCUCAGAGGUAUUACCUGAAUAUUGACAUGUUUGGUAAAGAUCUGGAUCUGGCUCAGCAGCAGUUCCUGUGCCACCUCCAGCAGCACACAGCCAGCCUGAAGGGUCAUGUGAUGUGCCAGAUCUUCCUGGAUCCUGGUCUUUGGAGGCCCAUGGCUGAUUUCUGCCAGAACACUUUAAACGUAGAGCUGGUGAAGGAGUACACCGAGCAAUGCGUGGUGGAAUCAGACCUGCUCUAAAACAGGGAAGGAGGAAACUGAUAGAAGUCAAACACUGAAAAAAAGAAUCAUUUCUGGACAGAAAGAAAAAUAUAUUUUAACAAACUUACAUUCUGAUAUAUUUUAACGAAGGGAAAGUUAGCUCACAGGUGGAUGAUUAACUCAGCAACAGAGUUUCCUGCAGGCUAAUAGCACAAUAUUUUUGGGCUGGGUUAUUCUAAAUUGGACUUUGCAUCAAAUCUGUUGCAUGUAAAUAUAGAAACCUCCAAUCAUCAGUCUGAGAGAAUCAACAUUAGCGUGAUGUCAACCUAACUGAAGCAUAGUGACUCAAUAGUGUCAGACAAUAACCAACCUUAUUCACUUAGUGCAUUUGUGGUUAGCUCUAUUUCUUUUAAAGGAUGAAUUGUAAGAUUAGUUUUUCUGGUAGCAAUAAUGAAAUCUAGAACUAGUUCAGCCCCUCAUUUCAAACCUUCUUUCUGUUAAACCUUUAUUAGUCGGAAGGCUGAGUUGGGUUACGACGUCUGCACAAGUUUAAAGGCACUUUAACUAAACCAUGGAGGUUUUCUAAGCUGGGAAAGUUCAGGAUUUAAGAGAUUCCCUUUUUUUCUUCUGUGAGCAUCGAUAUCUAGAGUCAGGAUGAGAAUCAAAGGAUUCUCUGAUAUAAACAUCUAAAGCUUUGAUCUGCUCGGGUCAGAUGCUCCUCCUCCUUCCUUCUAACCAGGUUAACUGGAACAUGGACUGAAACUAUCCGCCGUUAACAAGAACUUCAUCUAUGCUCUAACUUUAGUUCAGAUUAUUGCAGAGAAACUAAUCCCUUUUUUAUUUAAUCUCCUUUGGAAGGAACAUUAAAAUAAUCUGCCUGUUCUGUUAGUCUGGAUGGAUGGAGCAUUGCCUCAUCGUUUCCCUAAUCCAACUUUAGGAGUGUGGGUCCUCACAAAGAUGGCAAAAACUGCAGGCUAAAUGAGGUCCCAUAUGUAGAUAUAAAUGCAUGAUAACCUGUGUUUAAUGCAAGAAAAAAAAACACAAUGUUCACAAAGAUAACUUUGAUCUAAAGUUAAAGUCCAACAUUCAUUUUUUAAACCAGCGUUCAACAGAAUGUUAAAUAAAAAAACAGACGUGAACUAAAACGAUAAAAAAGACAGAAAACAAUGCGACCAAUAGGAAGCCGUUAGAUCCAGGCGUGUCAACCAAUCAGCAUCGCAGGCGUCUCUCUGCAAGGCUCACUGACAAAGAAACGGGAUUUUCAAAAUAAAACUCAAUCACAGAACUGAAAGAAAAAAAAGACAAAUUUUAUUUUUAAUGCAACAAAUAACAUUUUCUAAGCAAAAGUUUCUAGUUUCACAGAAUCAUAUCCAGUUUUAAUUUAAUUUACUGAAAUUCAUUUUAAAACUUUAAGAAAAACAAAAAGUUCAUUUAUAUAAAUAUAUAAAACAAAUCAGACGAAUAAAAUGGAAAAUAACAGGAAAUAGAGAAAUGUGGUUUUAGUUUAUUUAUUAAGAUGAUUUUAAUCUGAUAAUUAAUCGUCUUUGACCAAUAAAUUAAAAUUUUUUCAACAUUGACAGAAAAUUCAAUAACAAAGACGAUUUUUGUUAUUUUACAUUUUGUUUUAAAACCGUUGCAGCAGAAAUGAUUCUUAAAGGAUGCAUCUUUUUAUUUUUUAUCUAAAUGAUAAAAAGAAAGAUUUGAAUUUUUUAAAGGCACUAACAUUCUGCUUAUUGUCUGAAUGCUCCCUGAUCUGCGGCGGAUAAAAACCAACAUUAAUAACACAUUCUGCACUUUUAG